GUUUUAGAAUUAGGUUGAUGUAUGAAUAUACGAUUUGAAUUUGAAAAGAAUAAAAUUUUAUAAAAACUAUGGAUAUUGAUAAUAUAAACAGCACCUAUUUCGAAAAUUACGAAGAUUUGGAGAUUCACAAAUUAAUGUUAAAAGACAGUACAAGGAACAAUGCAUAUCAAAAAGCUAUUCUGAACAAUAAAAACAAUAUUUUAAAUAAAGUAGUACUAGAUGUUGGUGCAGGUACCGGAAUAUUAUCAAUACUGUGUGCUCAAGCAGGUGCCAGGAAAGUUUAUGCAGUUGAAGCCAGCGAAACUUAUAAAAUAGCCAAAGAAAUUGUUAAGGAAAAUGGUUUUGAAAACGUUAUAGAAGUUAUUCACAGUAGGAUAGAAGAUCUCACUGACUCAGAAAUACCAGAAAAAGUUGACGUUAUUGUAUCAGAAUGGAUGGGAUUCUACCUCCUUCACGAAGGAAUGUUAGAUUCAGUUAUAACAGCAAGAGAUAGAUUUUUAAAAAGCGACGGUUUAAUUUUUCCUGAGUCUGCCGCUAUAUAUGCAUCACCCUGUAGCAUUCCAUCGAUGUAUAAUGAUUGGAAUGAUAUAAGUGGAGUUUCUAUGCAAUCAUUUGCCAAGCUUUUGAGGAAUGAAGCUCUUAAAAAACCUUUGACAGAAAGCCUGUCACCAAAUGAUCUACUAUCAGAGCCCGAGGUGGUAUCUUGGAUAGAUUUGCGUGAAGUGACCAUAGAAGACCUUAAAGAAUUUUCUUUCCAACACGUAGCAGUCUCUACAAAGACAGCCUUAUACCAAGGAGUCUGUUUAUGGUUUACCUGUACAUUUCCUUUCUCUGGGUUUGAUGAACCGGUGGUACUUUCCACUGCACCCGAUGAACCCGGUACCCAUUGGAAACAGACGCUCAUAGUACUGCCUGAAUCUAUAAAAGUUGAGCCUGGAAGCCCGAUUUGUUAUGAUCUAGUUAUGAGAAGGUCAGAAAGUAAUAGCAGAAGGUAUAUCAUUGAAAUAGCUAUGCUGGACCCGGAUGAAGUGGAACACCCUGAAUUCUGUUCGUGUUUCAUGACCAAAUGUAUUUUAGUUAAGGCUGUGUUAAAAAAAUAUGAAAAAGGUGUAGAUGUACCAAUGAAAUAAUAUAUUUUAUAAAUCAAAUUUAUAUUUUAUCAAUAACAUAAUAUAGUAUUUGUAUACGGAGG